AUGUCUGCUGAGAUGGAAGGUCUCACUCAAGCUGAAGCCUACAAGGAAGAUGGCAACCAUGAGUUCCAGAAGAAGCAGUACCGUAUCGCCAUUGACAACUACACAGAGGGCAUCAAGGGCAGGUGCUCUGACCGUCUGCUCAAUGCUGUCUUGUACACAAAUAGGGCCGCUGCCCAGUUCCAUCUAGGACAUCACAGAUCUGCGUUGAAUGACUGCAUCUUCGCUUGCAAGUUUAAACCAGAUCAUAUAAAGGCUUUACACAGAGGUGCCCUUUGUUGCCUGGAGAUGAAGAAGUAUGAAGACUGUGUCCACUGGUGUGACAGGGCUCUAGCUGUAUCCUUUACUCUUGUCCUAAAGCACAGCUAAGUGCCCUUUGUGUGACAGGGCUGUAGCUGUAUCCUUUACCAUACACGCCAGACGUCCCGAUCUUGGCGGGACAGUACUACUUUUAGGGUGUUUG